AUGUUCACAUGUCGCAUCGCUAUUGCUCGGGAAACUCCCGUCGGUGUUGGCGGUGGCAACAGUGUGCACGGCAAGGCAUGGUGCAAUUGGCUUUACCUCAAGGAAGCUAGCUUGAGGGCUGGCAAGGCAUUCCGCACUGGGUCGUCUUUGUAUACCAAAGUGGCGAGGGAGGCCAACAAGACGGCACCCAGCACGCCAGGUGUCGCUCGUGGUUGGACCGAUCUCCAGCCUCUAGGACCGCCCGAGGUAGCUUCGGAGGACCCUGAAGCUGUUCGCAGCGAUUCAUUCAAAGUGCCUCGAGAUUGA